AUGAGUUUAUCUCAGAAAGCUGAAAGUAUUGCGAGCGAAUUCGUCUUCAGCGACGAUGAUGUGCGGAAAUGCAGCAAACAGUUCAUCUUCGAACUAGACAAAGGGCUGAAAAGUGUUGUGCCUACUGUCUGUCAGAUUCCGACCUAUGUCACGAAAGUGGCACGUGGUACAGAGAAGGGUGUUUCUCUAGCAGUUGACCUCGGCGGAACCAAUCUGAGGGUCUGCUCUGUCGAACUCAAUGGUGACACGACGUUGACUGCUAAGCAUGCCAAAAAAGUGAUCCCGCCAGGAAUCAUGACUGCUGCAACAGGUGCAGAGCUAUUUCACCUGAUUGCUCACGAGAUAGACCAAUUCCUUCAACUGCACCACAGAGAUGCGCUUGAGAAACUACGACAAUCUAAAGAUGUUCUUCCUCUAGGGUUUACGUUUUCGUAUCCUGCAUACCAGACCAGUAUCAAUUCUGGCAUUCUACUGCGCUGGACCAAAGGAUUUGUUAUCCCUGACGUUGUCAACAAGGACGUAUGUCAGCUUCUACAGGUUGCCAUUGACGAAUUCAACUUGCCGGUCGAAGUCACGGCCUUGGUGAAUGAUGCUCUUGGUGCUCUGAUGUUUCGGACGUAUACGCUACCACUCUCACAAACCCGUACCUCUGUCGGAGCCAUAUUCGGGACUGGGACCAAUGGCGUGUACCUGGAAAAACUAUCUAACAUUACCAAAUCCCUGGGAAAUCAUGAUGACAGCACAGGCGAGAUGUUCAUUAGUUGUGAAUGGGGCUCGUUCGACAACGGCUUGUUGGUACAACCAAACACAACGUACGACGUGAAGGUUGAUCAAAUCAGUAUGAAUCCAGGCAACCAGAUGUUUGAGAAGCGAGUUUCGGGGAUGUUUCAAGGCGAGCUUUUGAGGGUAGUUUUGAAUGAAUUGUACGCUGAUCCUGACGCUGGCUUGUUUCGAGGGGUCCAGUGGAAUGAUCCAGCCCAAGGCGAAGGGCCAGCACCUUUCUUCACUCCAUGGGCGAUAGACACGUCUCUCCUUUCAAUGGCAGCAGCAGAUAAUGCUCAAGAGCUUCCUGCGCUUUCAAAGGCACUCGUCGAGACACUGCGCAUCUCAGCCGAUCAUGUAAGUGCUGAUGAUGUUCGUGCGGUGAAGACGAUCGCUGAUGCCAUUGGCAAACGAGCGGCCAGGCUCGCAGGCAUGGCCAUUGCCUCAGUUCUUAUCAAAGGCGGGAGAAUGACCGUUGAUAGAAAUUUACUACCCGUCACAGGAAUUGUAGAGAAUCCUUCUGACGUGGAAGGUGUCGAUAUCGCGGUCGACGGCAGUGUCGUUGAGUUGUAUCCAGGGUUUGAACGCUACAUGCGCGAGGCGUGGAGUGUUAUUGACGAUAUAGGACCAGCUGGAGAGAGAAUGAUCAAAAUGGGAAUUGCCAAAGACGGUUCUAGUAUUGGCGCAGCGAUAAUUGCGCUGAUUGCUCAAAUGGACGUGCGUCACAUACAGUAA